AUGAAUAAUAAGAUCGGCAAAGUGCGCUCACAAAGGGAGCAGGAUUUGCUGGACUUCAUCGCUCAUGCGCAGCAGCAGAUGGCAGGCACCCUCCUCCCAGUCCCACUUAUGCUCACUUCCACUUCCGUACUUCUCAUCUUACAAAUACUAGCCUUGCAACAAGAUACUGUGCUGCGUUGCACAACUCCGGGAUGCACCGGUAAAGGUCAUGUGAACAGUAACCGAACAUCGCAUCGAAGUUUGUCCGGAUGCCCGAUCGCCUAUCAGCAAAGACUGGCGCGCAAAGGUAAAUAUUUCGAUUCUGAAAUUUGUCUUUUUUGA